CCACUGCUCAGUUAUCAUAUCAGCUGGUAUGUCGCGUGAACGUAGGGAUUAAUCCUAGUUCUUGAUAUUUUAUAAUUUAUAUACCAAAUUUUACGCAAUUUGUCUAGUCUUUUACUCUUAUUCUUGAAAACUGUGAUCAUCAUUUUUCGCUGGCAACUUAUACCAAAAAUCAAGUACUCAGUAUUAAUUUAUAGUUCCUUUGUAGAUUUAUCAACAAUUUUCCUAAAGACUGCACACUAUCCUAUUAUUUAAAUACCGGCUUUAACUGUGCACAAUUUAUCUGACCACAAUUAUACGAUGGAAAAUCAGAAACUAUUGGAUUUAGAAACCAAUUUAACAGAAAACGACCAAAAAACUAUUUUUUCAGACCCUGACGAUGGAGCUUUGUCAGAAGGCUUAAAACACAAGUAUGAAAAUGCUAUUGAUGAUGACCUAAUCAUUGUGCCAGAGAAAGUGGUCAAUACUGAAAAAACAGCUUUGCUUGAAAAUACCUUUGAGGUGAUUGAUCAGGAAUCCAAAACAAUUCAUGAUGUGCAGGAAGAAGCUGAAGAUAGCAAUAUAUCUGAUGAAGAAAAAGAUAACUUAUUUGAAAAUGAUCCAGUAUCUUUAACAAAAAUCGAGGAUCCUACAACACUCCCAAAAAUAGAAUCUCCAAAAGUAGAAGAUCCAGUCUCUUCUGAAAAACUAGAAUCUCUGAUUACAGAUACUAUAAAAACAGUGAUAAUUCAAGAAAAUGAACCGGUGAACACUGUACAAUCCAAAGUCAAAAUUCCUGAGACUCCAGAAGUUAUCCCUAAAGUGUCCACUAAGAAAGAUACUGAUGAAGGAGAUGCAUGUGACAUAAAGAUUGGACCUGAUGAACUAUUUUGUAGAAUUGGAUUAGAUAAAUGGUUUAAUCCUGAGAAAUUGCCACCGAAAGUUGAAGCUUUGGUAUAUUGGAGAGAUCCCAUAUCAUCAGGAAUUGUUUUUGGUGCUACAUUAGUUGUAUUGCUGUCUUUUGCGUAUAUGUCACUGAUUAGCGUAGUUGCUUAUCUGGCUAUGUUCAUUCAAUCUGGAUGUAUUCUUUUACGUCUGUACAAAACCGCCCUACAGACAGUCAAUAAAACUAAUGAAAGUCAUCCAUUCCAAGAAUACCUUGACUUGGAUAUCAGACUACCACAGGAAAAAGCUGAAGAAGUGAGCAAAUUAGCUGUUGUACACGUUAACGCCGUAUUGGUUGAACUUCGCCGCUUGUUACUUGCUGAAGACUUGGUCGACUCGGCCAAAUUCUUUGGUAUUCUCUGGGUGUUGACAUACGUUGGAGCUUUGUUCAACGGCCUUACACUCAUAAUUAUUGGAUUUGUUGCUCUGUUCACAUUACCCAAAGUCUAUGAGAACAAUAAGACUCAAAUCGAUCAAAAUAUUGAAGUAGUAAGAAGCAAGAUUGCUGAAUUGACUAACAAAGUUCGAGCAGCUAUUCCAAUCGGAAAAAAGAAUCCAGAGGCAAAAAAGAAGGAAUAAACUCCUUUAUUUUUGUUCGUAUAAAAGUCCAUCAAUAUUCUUGUGGUCGAUGAUAACAUUUUUAGGCCAACAUUUUUUUUUUUUUAAUAUAUAUUUAUAUAUAUUUAGACUUUGUCGUCCCAGUAAAAUUAAACAUUUAUACUAUUAUUAAAAUACUCAUUUCUCCCGUUUUUAAAUAAUUUCUAUUGUAUCACGGGAAAAUAUGUGUAGAUCGUCUUUCGACAUUACUAUUUCACCACAUAAUGUAAUUGUGUAAAGGUUUGUGAGUUAUUUCAUUUUUGAUUUUCAGCCUGUUACAGCUUUCGCUCAUUUUAUUGUUCUGCCCUCCUCAAAUUUUACCUUCAUUUUUAUUCCUCUAGCUAUAUUAUAAUAUAGCGAAGCAAGCUAGCUUAACUUUAAACAACGCUAUUUGUUUGUUUAUACUUAUAAUAUAUUUACUCUGUUGAGAAUGUGUUAAAGUUUUUUUUUCUUUUCUUUUUUUUUAUAGAUUUUGUUUUAGUUUCCUAUUUCUAUAUAUAAAUUAAAUAGGUAAGUUUAACAAUUAUUUUAUAACUCAAAACGGUUAAUAUUGAAUGUAGCUAUACAUAAUAUAUAUAUAUAUCAUUAAAUAUGUGAACAUUUUUACAUUUUAUUGUUACAAGCUAUAAGCAUACACUGUCAUUUUUUUCUUUAAGACAAAAUAGUUAUAACAGCUGUUCACUUUUAUAACAUUAAUUAUAUAAACAGGAAAUACCAUCGAAUCAUCAAUCAAUACAAUAUACUAAUGGUUAUUAUUA